CGGAAGGAAUUGUUUGGAUUUCCUAUUAACAACGGGUCCCAGUCUUAUCAUUACCCAGCAGGAAGUAGUGGUCACUUAAACAGAGAAAUGGGGACACCUACGGAAGAGGAGGUCCUGGCAGGUAUAAAACGUCUGAUUCUUGAAGAGAAAAGAGACAUAUUAUGUAAAUACAUGAAUCCGGAACGAUACUUUGAUUAUUUGAGAUCAAAGUUUGUUAUCAAUGAAGAAGAUAAGGAGGAGAUUGAAUAUGAAAGAACAAGGAGAAAACGGGCGAGUGUGAUGAUUGACAUUUUGUUGAGGAAAGGGGGAAAUGCUUACGAUGUGUUUGUUAUGGCCAUUCAGGCUGAUAGAACACAAACUGACCUGGUCAAGAUUCUUCAUACAGAAUACGAGAAACGCAAAAAUAACUAUUUUGCUUUGGUUAAAGGAAAAUCCCCGACACAAAUAAAUAUCAACUCACGCGCAUUGUCGAAACCAUUACCACCUCCUCCAACUACAGACUCAAGUUCCCCCCAGAACAACCAGAGACAGGGUGGCCAUGUUCCUCCGCCGGCAAUUACAGCCUUGCUCAAUGUUCCUACAGUGGGUCCUCCUUCAAGCGUUUGCCAUGACAGAAUAUCACCAGAAAACAAGCCUACAGUCAGACCGCCUGUUAGAACAGAAACCCGUAUUCCGUCAGUUGUGCCCGAAAUAGCAAACGAAGAAACAGCUUCACCGAUCGCGACUCACCGAACUACGAUUAGCUUAAACCAUUCCGACGCCCACACAGAGACGGAGUCAAUGAAGGAACGAAAGGAGCAGACAAACCGCAACAAACUUCAUAACUUCACUUCCCGCUCUGCAGAUAACGCCGAAUUCGACCCAAAUGAGGAAACUGUCAAGAAAGAGUUUUUGCGUGAAGGAGAGGAAAACACAGAGUCGGUUAAUACGGAAAGUCUUUUUUCCUCAGAGUCUACGAAAGUGAAAGAAUUGUUAGACUGAUGCCAUGUGUAAAAGGACAUUUGGUUACCAUACCGAAAAAUACUGUGACCAAGUCAGCAUUGAACAGUUAACUAAAUUAACUACACAUUUAUGGUUCGCUCACAGGCGUUUGUAUCUGGUUAGAUUUAUUAGAAAAAUACCAGCCCCUAUGCCCCUACUAUAUCAACAAGGAGAUAGAUCGGAGAUAGAUUGAAGAUCAGACGUUGAAUCGACUGUGGAACGGAAGCAGACUAUCUAUCUUAAAACGGACAGUCUGAUUGGUCGACAAUUAAAAUUAGUAUCGUUUAAAGUUAUCGACCAAUCAAAUUGUUCAUUGCAAAACCACUUCAAAAUAUAUAGCAUCGAUCGGCUAUCACGACUGCGUUUGGCCCAUUUUCUUAUCUUUAAACUAUUGUCACACGACAGUAGCAAUUACUGAUAUUUAAAAAAUCUAAACCAAAGUACAUUACUGAAGUUUGUGUACAUUUGAUAUGUUAGUUGGUAUGAACUUAAAUUCAAAGUGAAUCGAAGCUCACAUCCCAUUUCCGACUUUUCAAGUUUUACACGAUGUAGGAGUAGGGGCUAAUAUUGUAUUUCUAUAAAUACUUACCAGGUGUAGACGCCCGUGGUUCGUUGUAAAGGAGCAUUGAGCAAGGAACAUUGCUGGUCUCCUAUAGUUACACCUGUAGGUUGUUUUUUAUAUUUCUUUUAUUUUUUUAAACAUUUUGCAUGAUAAACAUCAAACAGGUUACAUUUCACAAGUACAAUUAUAUAAUUACUCGCUCACAAAUUUUCUUCAUUUUCUCAUUUGAACAGUUUAACUGAUCACACUAAUACUUAUGUUAGAUCCAACCCACCUUACAUUCACACUCGCAUACAACAUGAAGACAUAUAGAAUCGGACAAAACACAAAGAAACAGCAGAACAAAAACAUAACACAUAUAAGAGAUCUAUAGUAAAGAAAGAGACAGAAAAGAGGGGCGGGGGGGUUGAUGGUGAUGGAAAAGAUAGGGAAGAGAGGGGGAUAUUAGGGUGAGAGGUGGUCUGACUUUCGGUUUAUAUAUAAAUAAUAUUAAAUUUAACGUUUUUGUUCAACAAGUUUUAACCAUUUUUUCCAUUCAUUAUUUAAAACAUUGAGGCACUGUUCACCUUUUCCCUGAGCAAUGUACUUUUGGACUUUGUAAUAAUCUUUUAUCAAAUUUACCAAUGCCAUAACAUUUAAUGAUUUAUGAGCGCACCUGGUUUGGUACAGAUAUUGUUUAAAAAUUAAAAUAAUUUCAUUAUCAACUUUAUUAUAAAUGCCUAUAUGUUCAAAUAAUCCAAAAAUCAUAGCUUGUUUAUUAAUUGCAAAAGGAAUAGUAGUGAUCUCUAAAAGUGAUUCAAAAUUGAACAAAAAUUGUUGAACUUCAUUACAUUCCCAUAAAAUAUGGGUGAUUGUCUCCCUUUCACCAUUACAGAAUGUACAGUUAGGAUUAUUUGUUAGGCCAAUCUUGUAAAUAAAAGCAUUAGUGGUUAAUAUGUGAUGAUUUAUUCUAAACUGUAGCUAUUGCAGUUUUGUAUUUUUUGUUAUUCUAAAUGGGAGAGAGUAUAUCUUUUUCCAUGCAUCAUUAUUAAAAUCAAAUAUAUUUCCCCACUUAUUUUGAGCUAAAACAAUGUUUUCUUGUUUUAUAAGUAGUUUGUAAAAAUCUUGAGACCCCUUUUUCUGUUUAAAAAUAAUUUCUAAAUCUAAAGGGAUGAUCGGGUAUUGUGGGGUUCUAUUUAGGAUAGGAUAGUUAUUAAGGAACUCUUUUAUGCUUCUAAUUACUCCAUGAUAUUGUAAAUAGUUAGCUAUGUUCCCAUAUAUAUUGCAAAAUUCUUCAAAUGAAAAGAAAGAACCAUCACUUUUAUCCUUAAUUAGAUCAUUAAUUAUUAUUAUUCCUUUCUUAAACCAGCUUGGAAAAAGAUUACUUUUUUACCCACAAUUAUAUUUUUAUUAUACCAUAACGGUGAUUUAAGAAUAGAAUAACCAUCUUUCUUAUAUAUUUCUUCUCUUACUCUAAGAUUAUUCCAGGCUUUAAAAACAUCCACCCAAAAAACAUUUUUACAACAAGUCAAUAUUUUGUCAAGAUAUUUCCUUCCAGAAACAGCCAAAAGGUUAAGGUUUAUUCGGGUCUUAAGAAUUUCUAACCAUUUCCCUUUUGAAUUGAAAAUCCUUCCUAUCCAUCCUAUCUUUAAAGACUCAAUAAAAGCUAUCAAAUUAACCAUUUUAAGGCCACCAUCACUAUAAUUUUGAAUAAUUACAUCCCUCUUUACUUUAUCUGUUUUACUGUUCCAUAGAAAAUACCUGUAGGUUAAAUGGUGAAAAUUGAGUUGAUAUCUUUUGGAUGUUAAUGUUUGGUGUUUGUGAUAAGCGUACAGGUCAGUUCAUCAUAGCGAUUGUUAUGACAUAUUCUGUGGUGAAUACGUUAUAUUUUCAAUUCUGUUUCGUGCAGUUGUUCGAAGGUAAAACGUAAAGUGCAGUCGGCAUAUCGAGAUUAUUGUAAUUAUUUUUAUUUCUGCCAUGACAAUCACGCAUGAUUUUUAGAACGAUUAAAUAAGCUAUGUAUGUGUUA